AUGCCUAGGCUGGAGAAACUAAUCUAUCACCAUGUUGAUAGGUUUGUCCACAAGAUUCGAUAUAGCGAUUCAGUGGUGGAUUUAGGGGUGGCAUCACGAGCUCUCGAAGCAAACAUCAUGUUUGACUUCUCUUUUGGUACAUCUAUCAACGCUAUUGACUCUUGGGCUGGUGGGAAACAGCUCGCUAUGGUUAAGAAGAACGACGAAAAGGCUAAAUGGAUGUCUGUUCUCACUGGAUUCCCAUUCUUAUGUGAACUAUGGGAAAACAUCGAGCAGGGCCUCUAUAACUUGACAGGUUUCAGAACUCAAUACUCUCAAGGCCUCAUCGAUUUUCAAAAGUAG